CAGGGUUUUCUGCAGCUUGUCACUGAAGACACAGCAGAGAGGAAUCAAUGAGUUCCUGUCUGGAGGAUACAGGUGGCCCUGAGGAACUGACCGCCAGCAAGGAAACAGAUGCUGGCCUGCGACUACAAGGGACUGAAUUCUGUCAACAAUACGAGUUUGAAAAUGGAUUUUCCCAGAGCUUCCAGAUGAGCCCUCAGCCUUGAUGACACCUGUGACCUUGAGCAAAGUCCCAGUCAUGUUGGGUUGACUUUUGGCCUACAGCAUUGAGGUGACAGAUUCUGAUGUAGGAACUGGUGACGAGAAGGUGACUCUGCAGCCUGAAUUUCUGAGGAUGGAUGUCCGCAUACGACAAUGUCAGGAACACUCACAGUGAUGGAGCCCCCUGCCCCUGAGUCGGGGGGGGUUGCUGAACCCAGAUUAGGGGGGCUUUUGGGAAACCUGGAAGGGCAGAGUCUGCAGAACUCCCUGUCUCAGGAGGUUGGUCUCAAGCAGGUGACAGUUACUCACUGGAGGAUCCAAACAGGAGAGGCAGCCCAAGUGGGAAGUGAGUCAGGAGGCAGCCCAGUUCUGAGCUCAAACCUCCUCAUCCUUCAGAGAGAACUUAUAGAAGGGGAAGCACACCCAUGUGAGACUUGUGGCAAAAGCUUCCCAUUUACUUCAGACCAAGUUAGACAUCAGAUUUCUCAUACUGGGGAGAAACCUUACAAAUGUGACCAGUGUGGGAAAGGCUUCAGCCAGAGCUCCAACAUUGCUGAGCACCAGAGCGUUCACAGCAGAGAUAGACUCUAUGUGUGUAAUGCUUGUGGGAAAGACUUCGCUCACUAUGCAGAUCUCAUUGAGCAUCAGAGAGCACAUGCAGGACAAAAGCCAUUCAAGUGCACUCAGUGUGGGAAAGCUUUCUGUCACAGCUCAGACCUGAUUCGACACCAGCGCGUUCAUACCCUAGAGAGGCCUUUUGAAUGCAAAGAAUGUGGGAAAGGCUUCAGUCAGAGUUCGUUACUCAUUCGACAUCAGAGAAUUCACACGGGAGAAAGACCCUAUGAGUGUAAUGAAUGCGGAAAAUCCUUCAUUAGGAGCUCAAGCCUUAUUCGACAUUAUCAGAUCCACACAGAAGUGAAACAGUAUGAAUGUAAGGAAUGUGGAAAGGCCUUCCGUCAUCGCUCAGACCUCAUUGAACAUCAGAGAAUUCACACUGGAGAGAGGCCCUUUGAAUGUAAUGAAUGUGGGAAAGCCUUUAUUCGGAGCUCAAAGCUUAUCCAGCAUCAGAGGAUCCACACUGGAGAGAGGCCUUAUGUUUGCAAUGAGUGUGGGAAGCGCUUCAGCCAGACUUCAAACUUUACUCAGCAUCAGAGAAUUCACACUGGAGAGAAACUCUACGAAUGUAAUGAAUGUGGGAAAGCUUUCUUCCUGAGUUCAUACCUUAUUCGACACCAGAAAAUUCACACUGGAGAGAGGGUAUAUGAAUGUAAAGAAUGUGGGAAAGCUUUUCUCCAGAAAGCUCAUCUCACAGAACAUCAGAAAAUCCACACUGGGGACAGGCCCUUUGAAUGUAAGGACUGUGGGAAAGCCUUCAUCCAGAGUUCCAAGCUGCUUCUCCAUCAGAUCAUUCAUACUGGAGAAAAGCCCUACGUGUGUAGUUAUUGUGGGAAAGGGUUUAUUCAGAGAUCAAACUUCCUUCAACACCAGAAAAUUCACUCUGAAGAGAAACUCUAUGAAUGUAGUCAGUACAGGAAAGAUUUCAGUUCUCCGAACUUUAAAAAUAAUCAAGGUGUUCACCAAGAGAGACUUUCCCUGAGUAAAACCCCCAUACAUUUGGGUGAGAAAUCUGUAAGUCAGAGGGAACAUACAGAUAGCUUAUAAAGUAUUCUCCAACUCAGUGAUGUUUGGGGAGUGGCAUGAGUCCUGAAUCACGUGGCUUUGGACAUGUCAGCAUUUCCCAGAGUCAUGGAUGGGCCUGCUUUAGGAGUGGGCUGCCACCUAUGUUUGCAGCAGUGCCGGAUGGCUGUCGUCUGCUAGGAACAUGUGUCCUCAGGAGAACCACCUGACGACAGCUGACUCUGAGCUGGAAUAGUUUGGGGGCAGGAGCUAGGUCUUGAAAAGUUUCUAGAUUUUACUGCACACAGUUCAUCCCUGACUUAAAUCCCCUUUGAAGGAGAACAAUCCAGUCAUUACUUUAAACAGUAUUAUGUAGCAAUUUUGAUCUAUCAAAAAGGCAAGUUGGAGCCCUAGCCAGAUUUGCUCAGUGGUUAGAGCGUCAGCCUUAGAACUAAGGCUUCUGGGUUCCAUUCCUGCCAAGGGCGCAUACCUCAGUUGCAGGUUCAGCCUGGUUGGGGCACGUGCAGGAGGCAACCAAUUGAUGUCUCUCUCACA